GCUGGCGCUCGUGGGUUCUGCCUGCCGCGCCUUGCCGGGGCUCCCACGGGCGGGGUCCGCGAAAAUGAGGCUCAGCGGCAGGCGUGCGGGGCAGUCUGGGUAGCGCUCCGGCGCACCCGGCCGAGGCGGGAAGGGGGCGGGGCCGGGCGUCGAGCUCCGCCCCUGCGCCCCAUUGGCCGGCAUCGUCCCAGCGUGCCUGACUGACAGCCGCGCGUAGGGGCGGGGCACCGCCACCGCUUCCACCGGGCCAUGGGGCCGAGCGUGUUGCCGCCGCCUCUGCUGCUGCUUCUGCCGGUGCUGCUGCUGGCGGCAGUGCCGUGCGGUGCCGAGGAGGCCUCGCCGCCGCGGCCCGCAGAGGCCACACUGUCGCCGCCACCGGCCGUGACGAACGGGAGCCAGCCCGGCGGUCCGCACAACAGCACGCACGCGCGUCCGCCGGGAACGUCGGGCUCGGCGCUGCUGCGCUCCCUCUACGUGAUCAUGGGCUUCUGCGGCCUUGCCGUGCUCUACUUCCUCAUCCGGGAGUUCAGGUUGAAGAAGCCUCAGAGGAGGCGAUACGGCCUCCUGGCCAACACCGAGGACCCCACCGAGACGGCCUCGCUGGACAGCGAUGAGGAGACGGUCUUUGAGUCUCGGAAUCUGAGAUGAUGCUGAGCCAGGGAGGCGACCUUUCCAUGAGGGAAGGACAGGAGACAGGGCCCACCCAGUGUCCAGCAACCCCCACCCCACUGCUUAUUCUGCGGACCUCCGGGCUGGCCUCACCCAGUGCCAGCCUCACCCAGUGCCAGCUUGAGAGUCCUUUUGGACCCUGUGCAGCCCGCCCUCCUGCUGCUGCCCACACCCGCCGCCAGACAGCACAGCCUCGCCUCCCGGAUGCCACCCCAGCCUGGCUGAGGGUCCCGGUGAAGACCGGAGGGGCCCCGAGAACCACUGCCCAGGACUCUGAGGCCACCUUACCUGACUGUGACUUGUGCCUCUCCCCUGCCUCCUCGGGGACAUGGCAGCCCUGAGCCAAGGCUGGGUGGGCAGGUGACCCAAGGGACCUGUGUUGGAACACUUUCCUGCUGGGCUGGAACAAUAAACAGCCAUGUCUGCUGCUGGUGCUGACCUCACGCCA